CUUACGACCGGCAGAUGCAGCUACAUUCGGCUGAGUGAAAAUUCUCGGAAAAGUGUGCUCGAAUGAAACGCUAGCGAAAGCCCAUACAGAGAGCCAGAGAGAGUGAGAGAGAGAGGAAGAUCCAACGUAUACGUAAUACGAACUUACGUAUACGCAAUAUGCUGCUCAGCCGCCAAGAAUGUGUGAAAAUAUUGGAUAAUCUGACAAAUGGCGAGAGCAAGCUGUUGGACUAUCAGGUGGUUCGAGAUGACACUGCAAUCGGUUAUCUGGGGGAUUACUAUGCACUGACUAUACGCUACUGCCACGCUGAACGGGAGGAAAUCAUCCGGAAAACGCAGCUUUUCAUCAAAACUCUACCCCAACAAAGCGCUGAAGUGGCCAAGGAGGCUAUCUUUCGCAAAGAGACAUGGUUCUACGAAACGCUGCUGGCUAAAAUGCAAAAGUACUCCAAGCUCAAAUGGAGUCCCAUUUGUUAUUACACGCGACCCGAUCUACUGGUGCUCGAGGACAUCAAACUCAUUGGAUAUCGGGCAGUGGAGGCCUCGCAACUGAACGAGAAUCGCCUGCAUCAGCUGAUGCGUUCCGUGGCCGCCUUUCAUGCCGCUAGUCUGAUCUACGAGCAUCAGACUAAAGUGAAUAUUGGCGAAGCCUAUGGCGAUCAAUUGCUGGAGGUGACAGUGGCCUCGGAGAUAGCCUGGUUUACGACCGGACUCUCCGCGGUGCUGGCUGCCGUGCGAAGUCUUCCCCAGUAUCAGGGCGACAGAGAACUCAACUUCAUUGACAACCAACUGCUGGCGAUAAUGGAAGGCAUCUAUGAGCAGGCGGAGCCCUCCACCAGGUACAGGAAUGUGCUCUGUCAUCGCGAUCUGUGGGUUGGCAACACCUUCUAUCCCCGCGAAGAAGAAUCCGGGGCAGCUCUCCUGGUAGACUUUCAGACCUGUCGUUACACUCCACCUGCCCAAGAUCUUAGCUACAGUUUGUACAUGAAUCUGACAUCAGCGUAUCGCAGGGAAAUGGAAAAGAUCUGCAUCGAUGUGUACUACGAUUAUUUGUUGGCGAAUCUCUCAGAGUUUGGCCUCAGGGCAGAGCUACUUCUGUCCAAAGCAGAGCUCCUGGAAUCCUUUGAGGAGUUUCGUUUAUUUGGGAUUGUCUAUCGCGCUGUGGCUGCCACCAUAAUCAAGGUGCCAGCCUCCUUCGUGACCAAUGACUUCAAGUAUGUGGAUCGCAGUGGAGUGAUCUUGGAUUACAUGCAAACCAAUCAAGAGUUCAGGUCCUACAUGGAGGAGUGCUGUGUGGAUGUCAUGAACCUGGCCUUGGCCAGGGCAGACAUGUGAGAGGGAGUCUCUGAUAAGUAAGAGUUCUGUGGGCUGUGCAGGCAGGCGAUAAGAAAUGAUUGUACCUAUCAGCAAAGCGAAAAAUAUACCAAGAUCGAGAGGGGAAAUACUCUUACAGAAUGGGAAUGCUGAUAUAGAUCUGCGCAUAAGACAAUGUAAAUUUCUAGAUUCUAAUGUUGAGGUUAUCUUGCGGAAUGCAUUGUAUUAUCAGAGAUCUGAAAGGUACUCCCUUCGAAACGCAAGUCAUCUAUGAAACGAUCUAUGCCCCCACUUUAUAGAGUAUCUUCUUCAAUAUAAACUCUGCAACACAA